AUGCAGACGUGGUUGGUUGUGGCGUGUGCCGCAGUUUUCGUGGCAUUGGCUGCUGCCCAGAAACCUGGCCGAUUCCUCUCGCUGCCAAACCCCCAGAAAUGCGCCAGCAGACCAAAAGAAUUCAAUUACCGAGGAAAUAAUUACUUCUACAGCGGCCAUGUACCCGCACUCGCUAACAGAAAAGUCGACUGGCUGGAUGCGAGGAACAUCUGCCGGGAAUACUGUAUGGACCUCGUGUCCAUGGAAACCCAAGAAGAGAACAAUCUAAUCUUCAAGCUUAUUCAACAAAAUGAUGUACCUUACAUCUGGACAUCUGGUCGUCUCUGUGACUUCAAAGGUUGCGAGUCACGCAGAGACCUGGAGCCCAAGAAUAUCCUAGGAUGGUUCUGGUCAGCUAACAGGGAGAGAAUUGCACCAACUAACCAGAUCUCUAACGGUUGGGGUUACAACCCAUGGUCGCAGACUGGUCACAAGAAGCUACGUCAACCAGACAAUGCUGAAUACGACAUCAACGGUACCACAGAGUCUUGUCUCAGCGUCUUGAACAACGUUUACGGUGAUGGUAUCGCUUGGCACGAUGUUGCCUGUUACCACGAGAAACCUUUCGUCUGCGAGGACUCUGAAGAACUCUUGAACUACGUUGCCAGCACCAACAGGGGCAUUCGCCUUUAA